AUGUCGCAAACAAAGAUGGUGGGCGACAGGGAGAUCGAAGGAGCUGAAGACUUGAUUAGCAAUUUACCAGAUGAGAUCCUCCAACACAUACUCUGCUCUAAUAUUCCAACCAAAUUAGCCAUCAGUACCUCCAUCUUGUCUAGACGAUGGAGGCAUGUAUGGUGCGAGGUACCUUCUCUCUCCUUAUUUGUUGGUACACUGACGACUGCAGCUUCGGUAAACAAAACCCUAACUCGCUACACAGCUCCCAAGACGAAGAGUUUUCACCUCAGAAUAGAAUAUGUAAUGAAGAACAUGUCAUACAUCUACACGUUGAUCAAGUUUGCCAUGUCACACAACGUUGAGAAUCUGUCCCUUGAUAUCUCAAGUCAUUAUUAUCAGUUCAAGUUUCCUGAUUUCGUCUAUAGCAGUUCUUCUAUUAAGCAACUCAACAUUACGUUAAUCCUUCGUCAUUGGAUUGUACCCGAGUGCACUGUGUCUUGGACAUCCUUGCAGAAGUUAUCGUUGACUUGUUGUAGACUCUCUGAUGAAUCCAUGGCCAAGAUUCUAUCCGGUUGUCCGGUUCUUGAAAAGUUAACAUUGUAUCACUGCCGUGAACUAGAGGUUCUUGAUCUCGGAAAAUCUCCACGUCUGAGAGCAUUAGAAGUAAUAAUAGGUAACAUGACGGUUCCGCUUCGGGGGCCUAGACAGAUUGUGGCACCACACAUCCAUUAUCUCAGAUUCCUUAGCUCUGAGUUGUCAUGUACUUUGGUUGAUGUCGCUUCUUUAACCGAGGCUGAGCUGGAAAUUUCUUCUGUCUCAUUGAACUCUGACUUAAAUUUUCCUUUUCUCCAUUUCAUGGUGUUAAAGAUGUUAGAUAAGUUGAAGAACGCAGAGAAGCUUAAGCUUGGGAGCAGCUUUAUUCAGAUUUUAUCUAAGAUUGGUGAUGCUCCUUUCCCGACGCUCAAGGUCAAAGCAUUGACUCUUGAUACAAAGAUCUGUCAGUAUGUUAUUCCUGGCAUAGAAAGACUGUUAAAAAACUCACCUGAUUUAGAUUUAGAGACGCUAAAAGUACGUGGAAGGACUGAAGAACUGAUUGCAACACUUUCUUACAAUAAAAAUGUCACCAUUGUGCCAAUGAUAUCAUGA